UGUAAUGGAUGGAUGGGGUUGGAGGCAGUGUGCCGUGCCGGUCCAGUUCAAUGCUGGGAUUCAUUUGCAUUUUCAUGUUUCCUUUAUCGGAUAUGGCAUCCUCAUUUCCAGUGCAUCAUUCGUUUUACUGGGUCGCUAGUCUCAUUACUGGAUAUACUUCAGGUUGCUGAGCUCUGCACCGGUUCCGACUUGCCUUAUAGAAUCGCUGUUCACCCACAAGGAGAUGGUGUCGUCUGCACAUCACCGAAAGGCUGUAGAUUGUUUGAGUGGGAAAAUCCUGAAAAUGCUGAAGAUCAUAAAUUGGGCCUUAAGAUGUCAGUGAAAGUGCUCGGGCAGUUACAAAAUGCGGAACUACAGUUAGCAUUAGUAUUUAGCCAUGAUGGUUCUUUGCUUGCUGCUGGUGGCGAGGAUGGCAAGCUAAUGGUGUUUAACUGGCCCAGCAUGGACAUUAUUCUCAGUGUGGCCCAGGCUCAUUCUUCUCUGAAUGACCUUGCUUUCAGCCUCGAUGGAAAGUUCCUUGUCUCCUUGGGGGACUCUGGCCCCUGUCGAGUUUGGGAUCUAACUUCCUCAGUUGCCGUGGCAUCUCUGCCAAAAGAGAAUGACGAGACAUUCGGAUUUUGCAGAUUUUCUCAAAGCUGUGAUGGGACGCAGGUUUUGUAUGUCACUGCAUUCACAGGUCAAGGGGCAAGCAUUUUGACAUGGAACACAUCCUCUUGGAAGAGAAUUGGCUCCAAGCAUGUUGGUCGUGAUGCAGUUAGCGCAUUUAAUGUUUCAGCUGAUGGAAAACUCCUUGCAGCUUGCACGGGACAAGGCAUUGUUAUCUUAAAUUCAACUAGUAUGAAGACUCAGACUGUCAUGAAAAAAGCACAUCUUGGUUUUGUAACAGCAUUAACAUUCUCUCACGAUUCAAGGGCAGUUAUUUCAGUAUCCAUGGGCUCAAGUGCUAUGGUGAUAGACUUGAAUACUGGCGGUAUGAGACUUCUAUGAUAUCCUAACUUAUACAAAUAUGGCCUUGAAAGCCAAGGCAGUUUUGAAUAAUGAUUCUACAAGGUCAAACUUUUUGUUAUUGUCGUAAACGAAUGUUGUGAGAAA